UUUAAAUUUUCUCUUAGGAGUCUAUCUUUGACUGUGGACUCCCAAGCUACGACAUCAACAAUCAUCUUUGUCCCAAUGCUUGCAAAUACACAAAGUAUAAUAUUCAGCUACAUUGCCCAGAAUCAAUACAAAGAAAACCAUUACGUCAUCAGUCAUCUAACAAAUUCGCAAUUUCGAGCAGAAAUUAUUCUCCUCCAUUCCUUAAUCUCAUCGACCUAGUACUACUUCUUAGUUCUUAUGUCCAUGGAGCAACAAAAUAGAACAGUAUGCGUGACAGGGGCCGGAGGAUACGUGGCAUCUUGGCUCGUCAAGCUCCUUCUCUCCCAUAACUAUAAUGUUGUUGGCACCGUCCGAGAUCCUGAGAAUGAGAAAUAUGCUCAUUUGAAGAAACUUGGGGAUGAAGAGAAUCAGCUUAAAUUGGUGAAGGCUGAUUUGUUGGAUUACCAAUCCAUUUUAGCAGCUGUCAAUGGAUGCCAUGGUGUGUUUCAUGUAGCUUCUCCUGUUCCAUCCUCCUCCGUUCCCAAUCCCCAGGUGGAAUUGGUUGAGCCUGCUGUAAAUGGCACUCUUAAUGUACUCAGGGCAUGCUCUGCAUCCAAUAUUAAGCGUGUUGUUGUGGUUUCUUCUGUUUCCGCGGUUAUGAUGAACCCUAACUGGCCGGAAGAUCAAGUCAUAGACGAGAAUUGCUGGUCAGAUGCGGACUACUGCAAGACAACAAAUAACUGGUAUAGUUACUCCAAGACAGUAGCUGAAAUUGAGGCUUUGGAAUAUGCUAAAAUGAACGGGCUCAAUGUUAUCACAUUGUUGCCUUCACUUGUCUUGGGACCAAUGCUUCAGCAAGCAGCAAAUGCUAGUAGUUUGGUUCUUAUAAACCUAAUGGCAGAAGGAUAUGAAGAAAUAGAGAACAGACCCCGACCAAUUGUAGAUGUACGCGAUGUUGCUGAAGCGCUGCUAUUAGUUUAUGAGAAACCUGAAGCUGAAGGGAGGUACAUAUGUCAUUCUCACCAUUCCUCCAACGGAGAAAUGGUAGAUAUUCUGAGGAAACACUAUCCCAACUACAGAUAUCCCAAGAGGUAAAACUGCUUAUCUGUCCUUUUCAUAUGUGCUGUGUCUGGCAGAGUAGAGGUGAAUCCAACAUAUUAUUAGCAAUUCUUUAAAAAGGUCGUUCUGCUUUAGUCAUUCAGAUCAAUAGAGGUUAACCACGGAAACUGAGCUUUUAUUUUACCAGUAAUACCAUUUCAUCAUGUAGGUUCAGCUAUAUGAAUCAUAAAUCAUCAUCCUGCUUUGUUAAAUGCAUAUACCAUUUAGUUCUGAGAAAAUUUCUUACCGUUUGUUACACAUAUACCAUUUGUUAAACGCAAAUUUCUUUUUUAAUAAGGCCUAGUGUAUAUCAUGUUGCAGAUUUAUAGAGGCGAAGAAGAGGGAGAAGUAUAGUUCUGAGAAAUUGCAGAAGCUGGGUUGGACAUAUAGGCCAUUAGAGGAAACAGCUAUGGACUCUGUAGCAAGUUACAAACAAGGAGGAUUUUUGUCAGACAGCUGAAAUAUUUUUUUGUGCAAAUAUCUUCUCUGCAUAAUCUUCUGUCAAAUAAAAAAUAUCUCUUUGUCAUUCAUUCCUGACGAACCAUUGCUUGUAAUAGUUACAAUAAGUGUUAUAUGUCCCAAAAGAAAGAGUCAUGUUUGUUGAAAUAAAUUAGUAUUAUAAGUACGACUCUUAUUUUUUGGGAUGGAGGAAAUGUUAAGAUUUGGUUAAAGAAGAAUCAAGUGUUUAAUCCAUUUGGCUAAUGAUGUAGGGUCCUCUUCUUUCUGUUUCAAUUAUUAGUAAACAGUCAUCAGAGUUAUCCAACUUCGCUUUCUUGUUAGGCUUGCCAGUUACUCUCUAUUCUUUUAAUUGUUUAUAAUAU